CUCCGAUCUGCCUCAAACCAACCCCUGAUCUUCCUCUUCACCACAGGGUCAUCUCUUCCUCUUCCUCAUACCUCCUUCUCCAGCUCUGCAGCUCUCCUCCAGCAUGGCAGCGUUGUGGCUCCAGACCGUCUCCCUACUGGUCGUGCUGGUCGUGUCGUGGCCAGGGACCCAGGCCCUCACCCCCCCACAGCACCUGUGUGGCUCCCACCUGGUUGACGCCCUCUACCUGGUCUGCGGAGACAACGGCUUCUUCUACAACCCCAAGAGAGACGUCAACCCUCUUCUGGGUUUUUUCCCUUCGAAGACGGGACCAGCUGCAGCAUCUGGCGGUGCAAACGAGGUAGCCGAGUUCGCCUUCAAGGACCAGAUGGAGAUGAUGGUGAAGCGAGGCAUCGUCGAGCAGUGCUGCCACAACCCUUGCAGCAUCUCAGUUCUGGAGAAUUACUGCAACUGAAGAGCGCUGAUCCAGGCCUCGGUUAGCCCAGCGACGCUAGCAGAGCUUAGCUUCAAGGCUAACACGGCCUGUCCCCGCAACCAAUGCCGCCCUCGUUUGUGAAGAGCGGUGCUGAACUCUCCCCAACACCACCUGCAGCCAAUGAAGUGCUGAGAGAUCGGUGAAGUUUUUCUUCCUAGAAAAUAAAGUUUUGUGAA